AGAGGGGAAAAGAGCGACGGAUCUCAAGGACCAGAUUGCCAACUGAACUUUUCGCCUCGCUGACAAAUUGCCAGGGACCAUGCUGACCAUCCUAGCUGCUGGGUCUGUGUUCUUUCCGGGCCUUUUCCUACUGUCCAAACAAUGCCUGAAGGCGAUCCCAGCGCUGAGGUGGAGCGAAGGAGAUGCAGUCAUCGUAUCUGCCAGGUUGGUGUCAUCAGUUCAGGCAGUCAUGGCCUCCUCAGCUGGCUACAUCAUUUCUUCUUCCUGCAAGGACAUCAUUGAGGACCAGCACUGGCUGACUAGCAGUUAUAUCUUGUUUGCUGUCCCCUACUUCGUCUACGACAUCUACGCAAUGUUCAUGUGCUACUGGUACAAGCUACGGGUCAAAGGUCACGAGGAGGCUUCGGCAGCACCCCAGCGCAUGAGCUCAGCCAUGACGAGCUACUUGCGUCGUGAAUUCCUCAUGGUGCUGCACCACGUUGUCAUGGUCACCGUCUGCUUCCCCGUCUCUGUGUUUUGGCGGCAAGGACGGGGAGAUUAUUUCCAGGGUGUAAUGUUCAUGGCUGAGCUCAGCACUCCAUCUGUCUGCUUAGGAAAAAUACUCAUCCAGUACAAACAGCAACACACUCUCCUGCACAAAGUGAAUGGGGCUCUUAUGCUGAUCACUUUUUUCAUCUGUCGAGUCCUCCUCUUCCCUUACCUCUACUACGUCUAUGGAAGGUACGCGUCCAUUCCCUUCUACAUGGUUCCCCUGUCUGUGCCGUGGCACUGUAACCUUGGCGCUGCUCUGCUUAUGGCCCCCCAGCUCUAUUGGUUCUCCUUAAUUUGCAGGGGCGCCCUGCGACUCUUCACGGGCUCUUCCCGCUCUCAGAGACCGCGCUCCAGCAUAGCUACAUCCAAGGAGCAGCAGACGGAUAGCAACGCACAGUCACAGCCCUCAAACGGCUACAGUGCGUGCUCCACAGAGCCUGAGCUGGCCGCUCACUGAGAAGGGUGGAGGGGGGGAGGGAACGAAGGCGAAUGUACCAAUGAGUAUGUAAAGAAAGGAAAGCUACGAGGGAGACUUGAAACAAGUAGCAAUAUGAAGAAAGCUACAGACUAUGGCCUCAAACUGCGCCAAAGUCUUUGCGGCCAGCAGUCAAACUGUAAACGCCAAAUGUUUGCUUGCUGGCCUUCAAGGACUUCAGCUUCUCAGUUUGUAGGAAACAAGUGAAGUGUUAGUGCACUCAGUAUUUAAAGAUGUCAUCAGGCACUGUGAUAGAUAGGAACAUGCACUGACCUGAGAGGAAUUUGCCUGGAUGAAUAGCAAGCAUAGGUGGCUAUUUCCCUCAUGUAGAUCAAAUUCAGUCCUCUCUGCCUCACCGUACAGGAAGAGUAGGAAAAUAGGAAUGUAUUAUAUUGUAUGUUAGUACAUUUGCUGUAGACGGAAGGCCUGAUUCAGCUUAGUAAUGAAGAAGACCUUCAAAAAAGAAAAAAAUCCCGGCUAAGCAGUAUUUUGACUUGUUAGUGUUUAUUAUCUGUAUCCUCUAUGUAGUCACUGUCACUCUAACAAAAUGUAACCAACCUGCAGACUGACUCACCCUUUAUAGAAGGGAGUUAAUCUUCUAAGACUGUAUUCUGCUGCCUUAUCCCUUUCCUCCCAUUCUUCACACGUUCUUUACAUUUUACUUUACUUUGAUUCUCAGAGAAGAAAUAGGCUCCCUUGGACAGACUAAUGUGACAUGUGUACAUAGCUGAUGUAAAAUUGUCCUCAUUUCCACGUCAGUAUUAGGUCGAUGUUGAUUUGUUUUUUUCUUUUUUUUGCGCAAUUUUUUCAACAAUGACAUUUCAGCAUAAAAACAAACAUUUCAGUUUUAAAACUCUGUGAACACAAACUCUUCCCCAAACCUUCUGGCUGUGCUUCUUGUUUCAGUGUAGAUACGACUUCAUUCCAUUUACUGCUAUCACAAAGUGUGUUUUGCAUUUUGCUUUCAUGGAAGUGAUGCACAUCCACUCAUUUUUUUUUUUUUUUUUUAAAUUGACUUGUCUUUUUUGUUUUAGCUGUUGUAAAUCUCCAAAUAUUCUGUUAUUGGUUUCACAAAGGGAUCCAUGAGAUUGGAGUAUGUUUUAGCUUUGUUAGGGGCCUCCUGAUGAUGCAAUUUGAAGGGAAACAAACGUAAUCUAGGGAAGCAUUCCCUUGUGACUGACAUGCAGCAUGUCCAUUAUAAUUUCUGAUUUAGUUUUAAUUUUUUUUUAAACUUUUCUUGAGUUAUGUUUGACUUGUUAAAGCCUUUUACAUUAUAUAGUUUGCUUCAGUCAUCCAGCUGUUUUCAUUUAAGCCUCUGGUUCUAUGGACUAUUAUGAACAAACUGCUGAGUUUUUAAUCAUUUGAUGUUUUCUUUUAAGCAGAUUCACUAUCCUAAUGGGUCUAUACAAAUAGAGUCCAAAAACCAUAAAGACAGGGCGCAGCGUGUGCCAAAAAACCAUCUGUGGGCAUGUUGAACACAGAGUAUGCAUUCCCCUGUUUCAUGAACUCAAUGUACUGCUUCUUGACAUUACUAGAACAUUUCAACUGAUGUACUGUAUAUUCCACAAAAUGCUUGUUAUUUAUUUGUAAGUAUUUAUUUAUUUAUUUAUUUGGUUUGUGGUUUUGAAUGCAUAUUUAUGCAUACAUAUUCUACUAUAUGCUUCUGAGCCGUAUGUGAAGGCUGUAUUGUUACUCAAACUUAGCUAAAAUAUACUUCUCUGUCCUGA